UGGCCUUUUCAGACUUUCUUGUGUCUCAACCCUGUCUUCGUGAUGUCAUCUUACUUUUUUUAAACCAUGCCUUCCUCAUGUCUUCACCAUGUUUUCGUCUUGUGUUCACCUUUAUUCUUCCUGUCUUCGCAGAUAAUAGAUUUGCUAGUGUGCUACCUCUGUGACACCAAGACAACUAUUAUUUGUGUAUACACGUAGCUAUUGCUGUCUUUAUUCUUAUCUCUCGUUCAUCCAGCUUCAGCGACAUUACAGUUUGGCAACAAAAGCCACUUUGAUGUCGUGCGUCCUCACAGAUAUCAUCAGCGACAAAACAGUUGAGGUUGUAGUCGAGUGGUGCUGCCAUUGACAGCUAGCGUACAGCUUGUCAUCUGAGUAGUUUCUCUCGACAAACAGUUGUGAAGUUGGUUCACAUUGUCUAGUGACAGUAGAAGCAGUGAUGAUGGUGAUGAUGAUGAGGAGGAGGAGGAUGACGACGACGAUGUUGAUGAUGACGAUAAGAAGGAGGAGAGCGGAGCUAGUUGAAUGUGGGGGAGAAACGUGCGCCUGGGGCUGAGCUGAGAUAUGUGAGCAAACAAGGGGAGGGCCUGGCCCACCUUGUGUGUGUAUCGAGCGACGCCGUGUGAUGUCACGCGAGUGUGUGUGUGUGCACGUGUUUAGUUGUCCCCCCCCCCACCUUGCCUGCGGCCUUUCGUUUUCUUCCUCCAUCGCCCUCCUUGCCGCAGCUCACAUCGACCGAUGGCGCAGAUGGUAACAAAGAAACACUUUCAUGAAAACUGUCUUUGCCUUUGGGUCUGCCUUUAUGGCAGUGAGGAGCACAGGUAGGAGUUGACUCGCCAACAACGCCAUCAGCAUGAGAUUGCCUCUGUGAUCAUCUGGACACCAGUCUGAGACCUGAUUGUGACCUGCAGGAGCAUCGAGGAAGAGACCUGCCCUCAGCUGACUCUGCAUCUGGCGGCUGGCGACAGGUCACGUGAUGCGUUGGACGAGAUUUCGCGUGGUUCGCCUGGUGACGCUGCUGGUGCCCGCGGUGUGGUUCCUGUAUGUCCUGCAAGUCUUCCUCGCUAAGGACGCCGGUCUACCAGACGAUGAUCCUCCUGCAGCCAGGAGACAGCAGGCUGUGGACAGCAUGGCGGUCGUCAGACAUCCGGCAUACAACAUCAGCGCCACCAUGGUGCCAGAAGGCCAAGCUCUUGGUAGCCACGGCAACGUUGAUGCCCAGAAACCACAACUUCAAAACAGCGGCGUUAAGAUCCCAGACAAGGACAAUGGCAACCACGGGUUGCUAGGCAACGUUCUCAAGUUUCCGGAAGGAAAGAGCGACCUCAGUGACCUCGCCAACAUAACGUAUCCACCCUUCAUCGAACGUCUGCCGCCAAAUGCUGAAGGUCAGGGGCCCAAAGGCCUGCAGCAGAUUCGGGAGGAAUGGCUCCCGGCCGACAAACGCCAGGAGUUCCAGGCCAAGUGGAAGGCCAACAGCUUCAACCAGUACGCCUCCGACCUCAUCCCCGUCCACAGGGACCUGCCAGACGUGCGGCCAGCACAGUGUCAAAGCAAGAAAUACCCGACUGUGCUACCCCGAAUGAGUGUUAUCAUCAUCUUCCACAACGAAGCGUGGUCCGUGCUGCUGAGGUCCGUUCACAGCAUCCUGGACCGCACACAGCCCGACCAGCUGCUGGAGGUCAUCCUCGUCGACGACUUCUCCGACAUGGAACACCUGAAGAAGCCGUUGGACAAGUAUUUCCGCGACUACCCCAAGGUGAAGGUGGUGAGGUCGGAGGAGAGAGGCGGACUGACACGAGCUCGUCUCCUGGGCUGCCAGGCGUCGGGCGGCGAGGUCCUGGUCUUCCUCGACUCGCACAUCGAGUGCACGAAAGGGUGGGCGGAGCCUCUGUUGGCAGUCAUUGCCGCUGACUACAAGGCAGUGCCAUUCCCUGCCAUUGACAUGAUCAGUGCCAUGUCGCUGGCCUACGGUGCACACGGCACCUCGCCUGUGGGUGGCCUUGCCCUGCAGACCUUGACCUUCAUCUGGGCAUCUAGUGACAUGCACGUGAUCCGCACGCGACCCACCGCCCCGGACACCAAGCCGUCGCCCACGAUGCCUGGAGGACUGUUCGCCAUUUCUCGCCGAUGGUUCGAGGAGCUGGGAGGUUACGACCCUGACCUCAAGUACUGGGGUGGGGAGAACAUGGAGCUGUCCUUCAAGACCUGGAUGUGUGGCGGGUCGCUGGUGGUGGUGGACUGUUCGCACAUCGGUCACAUCUUCCGGAGCACGAACCCGAUCACGUGGUCUGGUAGUGUAGGUGCCGCCAACUACGUGCGCGUCGCCCUGGUGUGGAUGGACGAGUACAAACAUCACUACCUGGAGCGCAUCAACUACAACCUGGGGGACUACGGAGACAUCACCGACCGCGUGUUGCUGCGGAAGAGACUGAAGUGUCACAGCUUUGACUGGUACGUGGACAACAUCUACCCGGAGCUGAGGGCACAGAUCGUACAGAACGCCACCUACGCUGGAUAUGUCAAGCAUGACGUCAGCGGUCAGUGUCUGGACAAGAUGCGCAAUGAUCAAGCAGGCCCGCAACUCUUCCCGUGUCAUAACCAGGGCGCCAACCAGUUCUGGUACCUGAAGGACGACCGCUACCUGCUGUGCGACUCCAUGUUCGUGCGCAAGAAAGACUCGACGUCAGACGGCGUCAGCAUGCACAGCGUGGCCAGCGACCUCUGGCGAUACGAGGAGAACACCAAGCGACUGCGUCACGUGACCUCUGACCUGUGUCUUCAGAAGAAAGCCAACGAGCCCCAGCGGCUGGUGUUGAGGACGUGCUCCACCUCCGACCUACAGCGGUGGACGUUCCAACGACGACAACCCUUGACUUUCCUCUGACCAUUACAGUUGUGUGAAAGCC